AGUUAAUCGACCCAGCAUCGCCCACCAUGCCGCAACCAUUGAAUUCCAAGGAUCAGUCCUUGUUCCGUCAAGUGGUUCGCAACUUUGAGCAGAAGCAAUACAAGAAAGGCCUCAAGACGGCAGACCAAGUUCUAAAGAAGAACCCCAAACAUGGCGAUACACAGGCGAUGAAAGCUCUGAUCAUGAGCCACAUGAAUCAGCUGGAGGAGGCGUUCGUCCUGGCCAAGGAGGCCUUGCGCAAUGACAUGAAAUCGCACAUCUGCUGGCACGUUUACGGAUUACUAUACCGGCAGGAAAAGAAUUACGAGGAAGCGAUCAAGGCCUACCGCUUUGCCUUGCGCCUCGAGCCUGAAUCUCAGCCCAUCCAGCGUGACUUGGCCCUCCUCCAGAUGCAGAUGCGCGAUUUCCAGGGAUACAUUCAGAGCCGCACUACGAUGCUGCAGGCCCGCCCGGGCUUCCGCCAAAACUGGACCGCGCUUGCGAUUGCCCACCACUUGUCCGGAGAUCUCGCGGAGGCGGAGAAGGUUUUGACCACCUUUGAGGACACACUGAAGGGCUCCCCUUCCGUCCAGGAUAUGGAGCACUCCGAGGCCCUACUAUACAGGAACUCGAUCAUCGCGGAGUCUGGAGAUCUGGAGAGAGCUUUGGAGCACCUUGAAAAGGUCGGCUACCGGUGUACCGAUGUUCUUGCGGUCAUGGAGAUGACGGCCGACUAUCUCCUGCGACUUGGUCGCAAGACAGAGGCGGCAGAGGCUUACACUGCCCUUCUGGAGCGCAAUUCCGAGAAUUCUCUUUACUACAAUGGUUUGAUCCAGGCCAAGGAGAUUCCGGAGAAUGACCACAAGGUCCUGAAGGCUUUGUAUGACGAGUGGGUGGAGAAGUACCCUCGCGGCGAUGCGGCUCGUCGCAUCCCUCUCGACUUCUUGGAGGGAGAUGAUUUCAAGCAGGACGCGGAUUCAUAUCUGCAGCGUAUGCUCAAGAAGGGAGUCCCGUCGCUCUUCGCCAACAUCAAGAUGCUCUACACCAACCCUGCCAAGCAGGAUGCAGUGCAGGCACUGGUGGAGGGAUAUGUCUCUGGAAAGUCUGGCUCCCAGGCCAAUGGCGCUGCGGAGACCAAUGGCAACAACAACGAGUUCUUGGCAUCAUCCUAUUACUUUUUGGCUCAACAUUACAACUUUCACCUCAGCCGCAACCUCCCCAAGGCUAUGGAGAAUGUCGACAAGGCUAUUGAAAUCUCCCCCAAGGCUGUUGAAUACCAAAUGACCAAGGCUCGGAUCUGGAAGCACUAUGGCAAUACUGUGAAGGCCGCAGAGGAGAUGGAGAAGGCUCGUCUGCUGGACGAGAAAGACCGACACAUCAACACCAAGGCCGCCAAGUAUCAGCUACGCAACAAUGAGAACGACAAGGCCUUGAACCUUAUGAGCAAGUUCACCCGCAACGAGACCGUCGGUGGAGCGAUGGGAGAUCUCCACGAGAUGCAGUGCGUUUGGUAUCUGACCGAGGAUGGUGAAGCGUACCUGCGACAGAAGAAGCUGGGCCUUGCCCUCAAGCGCCUUCACGCAGUCUACAACAUCUUUGACACUUGGCAGGAGGACCAGUUCGAUUUCCACAGCUUCUCCCUGCGCAAGGGUAUGGUCAGAGCGUACGUGGACAUGGUGCGCUGGGAAGACCGCCUGCGCGAGCACCCAUUCUACACAAGAAUUGCUAUUGCGACUAUCAAGGCCUAUCUCCUUCUCAACGAUCAGCCAGACCUUGCCCACGGUCCCAUUCCAAGCGGUGCCAACGGCAUCGAUGCUACAGACGAGGCUGAGAGGAAGAAGGCCCUCAAGAAGGCCAAGAAGGAGCAACAGCGGUUGGAGAAGAUCGAAGCCGACAAGCGCGAGGCACGGAAGGCCGCCGCUGCCAACGCCAAGAGUGUUGAUGGAGAGGUCAAGAAGGAAGACCCCGAUCCUCUUGGUAACACCCUAGUCCAGACCAAGGAACCGCUCAAGGAUGUCAUGAAGUUCUUGACACAUCUGCUUGAACAAAGCCCGAAGAACAUUGAGGCGCAGUGCCUUGGCUGCGAGGUCUACCUCAGGAGAAACAAGCAUCUGCUCGCCUUGAAGUGCCUCAAGGCUGCUCAUGCUAUCGACUCUUCCAACCCCACCCUCCACCUUGAGCUCAUCCAAUUCCGCAAGGCCCUUGACACCCUCUCCGAGCCUCUUCCCGCCCAGACUGCCGAGGUUGUUAACGCCGAAUUCGAGGAGCUCCUCCCGAAGUCCCAGAAGCUUGAGGAAUUCAACGAGUCGUUCCUGUCCAACAACAAGAACAGCGUCGCUCACGUUCAAGCUGCUCUUUCCGCCCGUCAGCUCCUGAAACCUGACUCGAAGGCACAGUGUGAGAAGGACCUCCUGGCUACCCUCGACUCGCCCGAUAUCACCAUUGACGAGGCCGUCUCCGCCCUCGAUAUUCUGGACAAGUGGGCCAGUGACAAGACUGCCUUCGCCCAGAAGGCGAGCAAGAAAUGGCCGGAGUCUUCCGUCUUCGACCUGAACUGAUUUCACUCGAACGAG